AUGAUCGACAAGCUCUGUUUGAGUCUUUUCUUUGGCGCUUUCUUUGGCGUUUUCUUGACAUCUUGUAAUGGACAAGCAGAAACUUCAAAUCAACGACCAUUCCCGCUGAAUUUGAUCCCCUACCCAGCCAGUCAACAAAAUUGUGACUCCUGUGUGACGGUGAUGGAAGUAAUUCGACAAAAUAACGAUAUGAAGGCUUGGCAAUUGACUGAUACUGUCUAUCAGACUUGCAUGAAAACGUCGCUGAGAAAUUUGGAGGACUUUUGUCAAACGGUUGUCGCUGAUAUCGCCGGCUAUCAAACGCAAAUCCAAAACGGAUUCACUGAUCAACGCUUAUGCGAGCUGCCGAUGCCGGAUUGCAAGAAUUUCUGGCCAGCCGUUCCCGAGAUAAAU